AUGGCCCUCGACAAUGAUACUCGGGGAUGGAUUAUGGCGUGUAUCAGCGGUGUUGCUUGCGUGCUGGGAGCAUCCGUCAUCUGCGUGGAUAUCAUCCUACGCGUCAUUCCAGGCUGGCACGAUUUCUCCAUCUCUGAAAGCGACCAAUUCCUAUCGGCGUCAUUGAGUCUCAGUUUUGGCGUCAUGUUGUUUUCUGCCCUAUACUCCAUGCUACCGCAAUCCAAGACCUACCUCAAGGACGCCGGCUACUCACCCAGGACCGCAUCAUUCAUGUUGAUCGGGUUCUUUCUAGCCGGCGUCAUUGGUAUUCGCGUCCUGUCCCGCUUCAUUCAUCAGUUUAUCCCAUCUCACGUUGUCGACUGCGACCACACUCACGGCCAGGAGGAGGACUUCCCCAAGGACCCAGAAGAGGUGGAAGAUCAUUCACCCAGUUUUGAGCAUACAGCCGACUUUCCCGCCUCAAAGUGCCACCCGCGAGCUGCAGAUGAUGAACACACGCCGCUACUUUCCCGCUCUGCCACAUCCAGUCCAAAAAAGCGUCCCCAUGAGACGCCGGAAAAUGCGGACGACGCCCCUGGCAGGCAGUUUUUCACUGCACCGAACAGCCGAAGGCCAUCGUUCAUGCCUCGGACGCUGACCAGAACCUUUUCGAAAUACGUGACCGGAUGGAAGGAGAACUGCGAUGAGAUGGGACCGUGUAUGGGUUUCUCAGAUCCUUGUGGGCAGGAUUGCUUCAAAGUCGUCGUACACAGGAGAGGAUCGAUUCUUCCAGGCCAUGGACCAUUCUCUCGCGCUCCGACGUGGCGAACUCCAGUCAACGACGUGCGAGUUGCACUAUUGUCGGAGGAGGAAGAGCGUUCUAUCUCAAAUAUAUCACCUGUGACUCUAUCCGAUUCUCCUGCCCAGAGACUACAGCUGGGGCGGUCACGAUCGUCCACCCAUCAUUUUCACCACCUGGACAAUGGGCACCAGGAACGCGGGCUUCGCCGACCUUCGCACCAUUCUCACCGCUCUCACCAUUCUCACCGCUCUCACCAUUCCCACCACUCCAACUCGGCCGCCGGACAGGAGCAUCACCAUCAUGUGCCGACCAAUGCCUUCCUAUCGAUCGGGCUACAGACCUCGGCCGCUAUCGCUUUGCACAAAGCACCGGAAGGGUUCAUCACCUACGCGACCAACCAUGCCAAUCCUCAGCUGGGAUUUGCCGUUUUUAUGGCACUUUUUAUCCACAACAUCACCGAAGGAUAUGCCAUGUCCCUUCCUCUCUACCUAGCCCUGGGCUCUAGAUUCAAGGCCAUUGUAUGGUCAUCCUUCUUGGGAGGCGCAUCCCAACCGUUAGGGGCGGGGAUCGCUGCGCUCUGGUUUAAAGUGGCCAACCGAACAAGCAUGGGAGCACCGACCGAAGGGGUGUAUGGUGGCAUGUUUGCCAUCACGGCGGGAGUCAUGACCAGCGUGGCGCUUUCGCUGUUUUCCGAAAGUCUUUCGCUUUCUCACAACAAAGGUACUUGUGUUGCGUUUGCAUUCUUGGGAAUGGGGAUUUUGGGUUGCAGUUUUGCAUUGACAGCGAGUUAG